AUGUCACCACCCGUAUCCGAGCCUCAAAAGGCCCAGGAGAAGCACGACGCCGAGAGUGCCGUUAAACGCAACCCUCAUGGCGAUUUCAAGAAAGUAGAGGCAUCUCGACCCGACUGGAAUAAUUCUCAACAAUGGCGCUUCACGAAAACCAGAGAUCCUGCUUGGACUUAUGGCUCUGGAGCCAAUGAUAAAGCAGACAUUGAUAAAUCCCAUGUGUCGAUUGAUCCAUAUGCUCAGGGCAGGCCCCCAGUCGCCAAUUACAAGCUCCUCAUAUCUGGUAUCGUCCCGAGGCCAAUUGGGUUUCUCUCUACCAGAUCGAAAGAUGGCUCUUCAACAAAUCUCGCACCCUUCUCUUACACGCAAGUCUUCAACCAUGACCCCCCAGUUUUUGGUGUGGGAUUUAGUGGUGGCUUGGAUAAUGCCAAAGAUACGCUAAAGAACCUACUGGAUACAGACGAGGUCGUCAUCAAUAUCAUUAGUGACCACUAUAUUGAAGCGGCCAAUGCGUGUGCGAUUGACCUGCCAUAUGGCAAAUCGGAAUGGGCUAUUUCUGGACUUACACCGGCGGACAGCAAAGUCGUUGCGCCCUCUCGUGUGAAGGAGGCAGUCUUCAGUAUCGAAGGAAAAUUGCUGAACACCCAGGAAUUCGAGUCCAGGACGCAACCAGGAAAAAAGACCGGUGUGCUGGCAGUCAUCGAAGGAGUGCAUUUCUGGGUUAGGGAGGAUGCUAUCAAUAAAGAGCAGAAUCUUAUCGAUCCGGCCAUUCUCCGACCGAUCAGCAGAUUCGGAGGCAUCACCUACUCGAGAUCAACCGAUGCCUUUGAGCUCGAGAGGCCAGUCCUUCAGAAGGAGCAGCAAAAGGGAAAAAUAGGGGAUGACUUGCUCCAGCCAAAGGUAGACGCGCAAUAA